AUGUCUCAAUAUACGCGUUCAUUCUGCGCGCGCAUGCGUGGUAUGUAUACUUGUCUGAGCGAGCAAAAGGUGAAUGUGAGUGCAAAAGCAUGUGAAGUGUCGCAAGGUCAUCGUGCCCAAUUUUUAAAACAUUUGAUUAAUGCCUCUCACCAUCAAUCUGUCUCAUUCCUUCUUUCUUCCUCCCCUCUUCCUAUCCCCUUUCUCUAUAUUUUAUCUCUCUUCGCAUUCUUUCCUUCAUUUUCUCUUUCUCUCUCUUUCUUUCUCCCGCUCUCACUCUCUUAUGGUCUUUUAUUUUCCCGCUUUCUUUCCUCCCUCACUCCUUUCUCGUUCUAUCUCUCUUUCUUCUUUUUCCUCUCUCUGUUCUUCCCUUUUUUUGUUUCUCACAAGUUUUACCUCUCUCGCUCGCUCUCUCUCUUUCCCCUUUUUACUGUUUCUUCACAUUUUUGUUAUUAUCAUUCUCUCGUCUCUCUUUUUUAUUCCGUUCUGUCUACACCGCACACUUUCUCUUUUUCAUGUCUUUCUCUCUCAGUCCUUUUCUAUUUAUUCUCCAUUUCUAUACUUUCUUUCCAUAUAUUCUGUCACUCUUUCUCUCUGCUCUUCUACUCCUCCAUCUGUCAUUCUUUAUCCGUUUCUUUACCUCUACUUCUAACCGUCCCUGUCUAUUUUUCUUUCUUUCUCUUCAUUAUCUCCCUUCCUUCUCUUCUUUCACGCCCAGUCUUUCCCUCCUUCUCAGAUUCUCUAUUCCUUCUUUCUCGUUCCCUUUCUGUCUAUCUGAUACUCUCCAUACUUCUCUUUCACUACUUCUCUUCCGCUUUCUCUAUAUGUCACUCUUUCUUUCCCUCUCUCACUCUCUACUUCUUCCCUUUUUUUUCACUUUAUAUAUCAGUCUUCUAUCCCUCUCUAUCCAUUUUUGUCUGUCCCAUUCUUUCCCUGCCUUCUAUUCCUCUAUAUACAUAUUUUCUCUCUUUCACGUUCUUCUCACUUUCCUCUCAUAUUCUUUUACUUUCUUACUCUCUCGUCUUGUUUCUUCUACGUCCUCUUCUUUCUCAAAUUAUCUUCACUACCCUCACCCCAUCUAUCUUUAUCCUUUUAAUUUUCACUUUACGUUCCAACCUUUUCAAAGCUCUAACCUAG